AUGACAAUCGAUGAUGCAAUUCAAUAUGAGAACUAUUUAGACAACGAACAAUGUAUCAGAAAAGGCGAUCCAAAUAGAGCUCUUUCAGAAGCUGAAUAUACAUUAGAAGAAACUCUACUCAUUGGUGGUCAAGAACAUUUUUAUUUAGAAACGAACUACUGCAUGGCCAUGACCAUACCAUCAGAUAAUGAUGAUGAGUUAACUUUAUAUUCAGCAACACAAGAUCCUAGUAAAAUCCAAGAACUAGCUCCAUUAGCAAUAGGUAAAGAUGCUAAACAUAUACAAUGUCUGAUUAAAAGAAUCGACGGUGGUUUCGGUGGAAAAGAUAGUAGAGCGUACGUAUGA